AUGAAUCUCAACUUCACUUCCCCGCUGCAUCCUGCGUCUUCGCAGAGACCCACGUCCUUCUUCAUCGAGGACAUCCUCCUGCACAAGCCGAAGCCUCUGAGAGAGGUGGCCCCCGAGCAUUUCGCCAGCUCCCUGGCCUCCCGGGUGCCUCUGCUGGAGUAUAGCUACCCCCUCAUGCCCACACCCACCCUCCUGGCUCCUCACCCCCACCACCCUCUGCACAAGGGGGAUCACCACCACCCCUACUUCCUCACCACCUCGGGGGUCCCGGUGCCCGCGCUCUUCCCGCACCCGCAGCACAGCGAGCUGCCCGGGAAGCACUGCCGCCGCCGCAAAGCUCGCACGGUUUUCUCCGACUCGCAGCUCUCCGGUCUGGAGAAGAGGUUCGAGAUCCAGCGCUACUUGUCCACGCCCGAGCGGGUGGAGCUGGCCACCGCGCUCAGCCUGUCUGAGACGCAGGUAAAAACGUGGUUCCAGAACCGGCGGAUGAAGCAUAAAAAGCAACUGAGGAAAAGUCAAGACGAGCCCAAAGGGCCGGAGGGGUCGGAGAGCCCCGAGGGCAGUCCCCGUGGCCCCGACUCUGCGCCCCCAGAGGCGCGGCUGGGCCUGCCCGCCGGCCACUUCGUGCUGACCGAGCCGGAGGAUGAGGUGGACAUCGGGGACGAGGGGGAGCUGGGCUCGGGCCCCAACGUGCUUUGA